AAGAUACCAAGAGCAGCUACAGGAACUAACAACAACUGACUGGAAGUAAACAAAUAAACACAAAAGUAAUGUAAUCCUAUUACAAAUGUUCUUUUCUUGGUUAGAGCAAAGAAAGUCAGACUGUUUCUUUUUGGAGAUUAUGAAUUUCUCUGCAAGAUGUAUGGGUUAUCUGGACCUUCAGGUCGUCACUGUUGUUUAUGGUGUCUAAUUGACAGUUCACAAAUGGCAAAACCAGCUGCAGAAAGAACACCAUCACAACAAAGGAGUCUUGAUCAGCUCAUUACAGACUUCAGAAAAUUUACAGAAUCAGGGAGCAACAUGAAAAGAGCAAAAUUCUAUAACAAUGUUAUUAGGCCCCACCUACUAGCUGUUCCAAUCGACCAUGUAGCCAUUCCAGCACUACAUAUCAGUCUAGGAGUCUUUGCUAAACUUUACGAUCAACUGGAACGAGCAGCUCAUAAAAUAGACAAUCAAAGAGUCAUCGAAGAAAGUGAGAGGGCUCCAACCCACAUGGGACAUGCAACUGCAUCUUCUUUUAAACAACACAUAUCAAGCAUACGAGAAGCACAGAAGUUAAAAGAGGAAGCGCGAAACAAUAAGUUGGAAGCACCAAGACUCUUUGAAAUUGCCAACUGGAUAAAUCUCACUGGAAGCACCAACACAGAGUCAACACCACCAGCUGUAAUACAAAUAUACGAUCAAGCCAAACAGCUCGCAGCACAGGCAGAUCAACUAGAGGAUCAAGAAAAAGCCCUCAGAUUGGAGUCCUUUCCUCUUCAUGAUGGCUCUAGUGUCUGUGCUUUAGUUAAGACACUACCUGACAUAGGCAUUGAAAAACAAGCCUAUCAUGGAGGCUCAUUCAUAGGCAACCACAUUCACAAGUGCUGCCAGGUUAUUCAAGCAUCUCAAUUUAUAAAAUUUGCUUAUUCAACAAUAAAUUAUACUAUACAGGGAGACAACAUAGAAAAGCUCUGCAAUUCUAUUGCAACAGCCAUGCCCCAGGACCUCACAGCUCGUAACAAGGGCAACAGCAGAAAACAUUGCUCAAGCAUUUGCAGUAACAUUCAAACUAUUUGCAGUCUGCCAUAAUGGUUACAGUGUCAGCCAAAAAAUGGACGAACAUGAAAUAGAAACUCUAGACGCCAAUAUAAAAGCAUUUCUUCAAAACUACAGAUCUACGUUGCCCACAGCCUCAAUAACACCUAAACUGCACAUGUUGGAAGAUCACGUGAUGCCAUGGAUGCGGAGAUGGAAAUUUGGACUGAGGUUUCAUGGUGAACAGGGUGCAGAGUCCAUUCAUGACCGAUUCAAAUCAAUGCAACGCACCUACGCCAACGUGAGAAACGCUACAGAGAGACUGAAAGCUAUCGUAAAAGAACACAACAUGUCAGUUUUGCCCUAUGUUGCUGAAAACCGGCCUGAGGUGAAAAAGAGAGAGACUACAAACAAAGACUACACAUUGCUUAUAUUACAUGCUCCUUUUGCUUGUAACUUUAGACUUUAGACUGCAUGAGAUUCAGAAAAAUCUGCUGUAGG